CCAUGCCAAAAGAUACAACCGUCGUCGAAACCAGGGGACUGGCUGAGAACGCAGUCUUCCCUAAACUCUCUCUUCUGGGACUGCAAUAUUAGUAUAAAAGAACCCAGAGAAAAUGAAAGCUUUAGCAGCCUCAUCAUCUCUCUCAUUAUUCAACCCAAGAUGGCCUCUCAGCUUCCCAUCUCCACUCUUUCCUCGCCAACCGCUCAUCUCUGCCUCCCUCCCUUUUCCUUCUAUCCGCUUCCAGAGUUCUUCAUCAAAGCAAUUGCUCCACCUUACAACAAAGAAGGAGAGUAGUUGGAGUGCUUUGAAGUCCUCCCCAACUGAAAGCCCAUUGCCAGAUUCUUCAGAGAGAUGGCUUCUUGAGCCCAUUGGCGAUGGAGAUACACGACACAUUGGAUUCCGAGUUCCACUCCCCGAUGCAUUUGAGAUAACUUCUGAUGCGGUGACUGUAGGCCGAACUCCAGAGAAAGCAGAUAUUGUAAUUCCUGUUGCUACUGUAUCUGGUCUACAUGCUCGGCUCAAGAAAAAAGAUGGAUCCUUACUUGUGAUGGAUUUGGACAGUACGAAUGGGACAUAUGUCAAUGACCAGAAGCUAAAACCAGGAGCUGUGGCUACUGUUUCACCAGGGAGUUGUAUAAUAUUUGGUGAUACUCACUUAGCAAUGUUUCGUGUUUCAAAGAUCGAGGAGGCAGAAUUCAUCAGCAAAACAGAUGAAUCUGAGAAUAGACCCGAGGCUGAUGUAUCAACUGAUAAUGUGGAAGCAACAAGUUGAAAGUAGAAACUUCCAUUUAAAGGAUCUCAAAAGAUGAUUUCCUUAGAAAUCCUACGUUGAUUGCCUUAAGAACCCCUUUGAACUUGUGAUCUUUUUGAAGAAAGGGUCAUUGGAAUGUUGGGAGAAUUUAAGACAAUUUGGUUGUAAAUUGCAAUAAAAUAAGUAAAACUUGGAUUUGAUAUAUAUUAGUGAUGGAGAUACGAAUUGCAUCA